AAGAUAUUUAAGCGAAUAUAGUCUAUCUUUAAUAUAUCUUCGGAGCUUUGUGUAAAAUGGACGACCAGGAAAUGCAAUUGAAAGUGAAACGAGUAACGGAUAAAUUCACUGAGAGCAUGUACGUUUUGGCCAAUGAACCAUCCAUAGCUCUCUAUCGGUUGCAAGAGCACGUCAGACGAUCACUGCCAGAGCUGGUACAGCAUAAGACAGACAUGCAGAGCUGGGAGGAACAGAGCCAGGGAGCAAUUUAUACUGUGGAGUAUGCGUGCAGCGCAGUGAAAAGCAUGGUCAACAGCAGCCUCUACUUUAAAAGUAUUGACGGACUACUAAAACAAGCCAUCACAAUGAAAGAGCAGAUCGGAGCCUCUCAAGGGCGCAGUGGUGUGAAGCCUGCAUCCAAUUACAGUGAGUCUCCAACACAUGCCUCUUCCACAGCAUCAUGACACAUGGAAAUUCAUAGCUAAGGAAAAGAGCUGUGGAUCCUGGUGUAAUGAAGGAGGCUUGCGAGAAGCAGAAUUCUGGCAUAUAAAGUGCUGUUACUGGCCUUUGGACCAGAAUGGACUUUGGGUGACUAGGUGAAGCUCUGACUGGAUGCCACUGUCACUCAGUGCUGAGCGGAUGUUUUUACUGCGUCAUCAGUUACGGCAUUUCAUCAGGAUGUGAAGGAAGGGAUUAUAUUCACAGAUAUUAAAGUGGUUUGGAAAGACUGUUUUGUCGUUGCAUUACAAAUGCUGGCUUUUACAAUUCCGAUAUGAAUUCAAAAUGCUAUUUUUACUUAUUACACUUAGCGUUGUAUGUACAUGGAAUUGCUAAAAUAAAAUGACGUAUUACUUCGA